UCUCCCGGAGCCGGCCUCCGGGAUACCGGCCGCUAUAAGGCCAGCUGGACUGCGACACAGCUCAUUGCCUGGACCGCUCCCUGCUCGCCUCUCUGCCUCUGGUGCGCUGCAAGCCCAACCUUCAGUCAUGGCAUGCCCCCUGGAUCAGGCCAUUGGCCUCCUUGUGGCCAUCUUCCACAAGUACUCUGCAAAGGAGGGUGACAAGAGCACCCUGAGCAAGAAGGAGCUGAAGGAGCUGAUCCAGAAGGAGCUGACCAUUGGCCCAAAGCUGCAGGAUGCGGAAAUUUCAAAGCUAAUGGAUGACUUGGACCGGAACAAGGACCAGGAAGUGAACUUCCAGGAGUAUGUCACCUUCUUGGGUGCCUUGGCUUUGAUCUACAAUGAAGCCCUCAAAUAAACUGGGAAGGUGGAGAAGUCCUCCAGAGGGCCUGUCUGAGUCAAAUCCAGUGGUGGGUAAUUGUACAAUAAAUAUUUUUUUUGGGUCAAAUCUA